GCCAAUGGCAGUGGGGCCUGGAGGCGGGGUUCAGGCGGGCGGCGAGAGGAGGCUAAGAUGGCGCAGGUUAAUUAGGCGUAACGUGGUGAGCGUCUCAGCCUGAAUGAAGCGGAGCUCGGCGUCCUCCCCGGCUCUGAGCAAUGGCUUCGGUCUCCCCAGCCUCACCAUCAGCGGAGUGCCUCCCCCGACUGCUGGCAGCCAGGAGCAGCAGCAGCCGCCGUACCAUCGGGCACCGCAGGCGCAGAGCCCUGGCGAGAUGCCCAGGGCCACGGGAACUGUCCGCGUCUACCUGCCGAACAAGCAACGCACAGUGGUAAAUGUGCGUGAGGGGAUGACAGUGAACGACAGCUUAGACAAAGCACUGAAAGUCCGAGGACUGUCCCAGAAAUGCUGUGCGGUCUACAGAUUCAUUGAUGGCCACAAGAAGUUGACGGACUGGGCGACAGAUAUCACACCCCUGGUGGGUGAAGAGCUGAUGGUCGAGGUGCUCGAUGAAGUCCCCUUGUCUAUGCACAACUUUGUACGGAAGACGUUCUUCAGCCUGGCUUUCUGCGACUUCUGCCUCAAGUUUUUGUUCCACGGCUUCCGCUGUCAGACCUGCGGGCACAAGUUCCACGAACACUGCAGCAGUAAAGUACCGACGGUGUGCCUGGACCUGGGCAAAUAUCCAGCAUCUCCCGACCUCUACGAUGAGCCGCCGCUGUCGCCGAUGCCCUCGUCCCUGACCGACCAACUGCUGACUCCUCAGUCCUCAGCAAGGCUGGCACCACCCGCUUUCACCUUCCCAAGUCACUGCCCACCCGUUGAAGGGCAGCUGCAGAGACAACGAUCGACCUCGACCCCCAACGUUCACAUGUCCAGCACCACAGCACCAGUCAACAUGAGCAUCAUAGAGGAUGCCCUGAAGUCGCAGCCCGCUGUUGGGUUCCGCAAGCAGUCGCCCAGCCCCCCGCACUCGGCCUCGCCGCACGGACCCUCUACCCCGCAGCCCAAGUCACCCAUGACGCCGAACCGGGAGCGGAAGCUGUCCUCCUCGUCGGACGACCGCAGGAAAGUGGUGACCAGAGGGACGGGCACUCAGGUCAUAGGCGGGCUUGGGUACCAGGACCCCGAGCUGUACCCAACACUCCAGCGAACGCGGCCGCACCGAGAUUCCAGCAUCUACUGGGAAAUCCACAGGAGUGAGAUAAACGUACUGAAGAGGAUCGGAGCUGGCUCGUUCGGCACUGUGUACAAAGCAAAGUGGCAUGGUGACGUAGCGAUUAAGAUUCUGAAAGUGACUUAUCCAACUCCAGAGCAGCUCCAGGCGUUCAAGAACGAAGUGCAGGUUCUCAGGAAAACGAGACAUGUCAACAUUUUGCUCUUCAUGGGUUUCUUGACAAAGCCACAAAUGGCCAUCGUCACUCAGUGGUGUGAGAGCAGCAGUCUUUACCGCCAUCUCCACGUCCUAGAAACCAAAUUCGACACCUUCCAGCUCAUUGACAUUGCUCGACAAACAGCUCAAGGAAUGGAUUAUCUUCAUGCCAAAAAUAUCAUCCACAGGGAUUUGAAAUCCAACAAUAUCUUCUUGCAUGAGGGGCUGACAGUGAAGAUUGGGGACUUCGGGCUGGCAACAGUGAAGUCACGAUGGAGCGGCUCCCAACAGGUGGAGCAGCCGAGUGGCUCGAUCCUGUGGAUGGCUCCGGAGGUGAUCCGGAUGCAGGAUAAUAAUCCCUACAGCUUCCAAUCCGAUGUUUAUGCCUAUGGAAUUGUUCUUUACGAGAUCAUGACAGGGACACUGCCAUAUUCACACAUCAACAACCGGGACCAGAUCAUCUUCAUGGUGGGACGUGGAUACCUCACCCCCGACCUCAGCAAGGUCUACAGAAACUGCCCGAAGGCUAUGAAGCGGCUGAUUGUGGACUGUACAAAAGUGAAACGAGAUGAGCGGCCUCUGUUUAUCCAGAUCCUGGCUUCUAUCGAGAUGCUGCAGCACGCCCUGCCAAAGAUUGAGCGGAGUGCCUCGGAGCCCUCACUGCACCGGGCUGUACAGGCGGAGGACGUCAACCCCUUCGUUCUGACCACCUCGCGCCUCGUGCCUUCUUAAGAGCUGAGCUGCUCACCACCACCACCGACCUACCCCCCCCCCCCCGCCCACCUCUUCCCUCCACCCCACCCUGCUACCGCCAGCGCCUUGAGCGGGGCUGGGGAGGGGGCGGGAGGGAGGGAGGGGGGAGGUGGUUGGGGGGGGGUGGGUGCCGCGGGAAUCGCUCUCCACGGACGGCACACCCUCGCCCGAGAAGCUGACGUCUUUCGCUUGGAGAAAGUUCCGCCUUCGAACCUCACUCGUGUAAAUUUUCUGAUCAGUGACAAUGAUUGUGGACAGCAGGAAGUGAUCGCUUUGUGUCGGACUGCUGGGCUGCGUGCAGGGCGCCUCGAGAGCGAUCUUUUAUAGAUUAUUUUUAUUUCAUUUACGUUCCCUUCCCCUCGGCAAAGCAGCGUCGAUCUCUUCGCGAGGCUGUCAGGUACCUCUCUCAGGCUGGGAAUGCUUCAAACACUGUAGCUGGCGAUGUGGUGCAAAAGGGGGAGCGCAGGGACACUGGCGGGAUGGGGGUGGGGGAGGGGGUGGUGUGGUGUGAUGUGGUGUGGUGGGUGAUCCCACCCUCCUAAUGGCUGGAAGAUGCAAUAAACACCCUGCCCCCACCCCCCCCAGAUCUCUCCUGAAAUAGUGGGGGCCAGGGUUACCCCCAGGGUCUCCUGAAAUUGGAGUCUGCGUAAGCCGAACAUCUCCGGAAGGUGGGGCCCAGGUAGUCCUGGGAUUCCCCUGAAAUUAGGGACCAGAUAAAGUUCAGCUCUCCAGAAAGUGGGGCCCAGGUACCCCUGGUGAGCGCGGGUCCUCCUUCAGACUGCCCUCUGCCAAUCUCCUUGUGCUGAGAGUGCUAGAUUCCACUGGAGACUGGGAACCUCUGCCCACCACCAGCCGCCCCCCCCACAGUCGGAGACUGGUGUUCUCUACAACCCCUUCCCCCACACACAGUCAGAGACUAGGACUACUACACCACCCCCCACCCUACAGUCGGAGACUGGGGAUCUCUACACACCCCCUACCCCCCCCAACAGUUGGAGACUGGGGAUCUCUAAACCCCCCCACAAUCAGAGACCAGUGUUCUGUACGCCCCACCCCCACCCUACAGUCGGAGACUGGGAGUUCUCCCCUCCCCCCAACACAGUCAGAGACUGAGAACUCUGUCUCUCUCCCACCCACCACCCCCCACACAGUCAGAGACUGGGAGCUCUCUCCCUCCCCCCCACACACAGUCGGAGACUGGGAGCUCUCUCCCUACCCCCCCACACACACAGUCGGAGACUGGGAGUCCUCCCCCCACCUCAGCACCGGUGUUUCUGUUGCAGCAGGCUCUUACUCCUGAAGGGACCCUUGCAAAUUCUUCUUUGUUUAAUCGUGGGUCAGUUUGGAUACCAGGUUUCUCAUUCCUAAAUUUCUGGAAUAAAGAGUUAUUUUAAAGUUAA